UGAUUCACUAACAAUACCUGUGUAAACGGACGAUUAUUGACAGUUUAGAGUAAAUAUUUGUAUUUCAGCUUCAAUUUAGUUUACAUAAAGGGUUUAUAAUUGCUAUUUGAAACAGGUUUACGUACAACGAAAGCAAACUAGUUUCUAACAAGCCUUCAGUCAGUUUUACGUUUUAAUUUUGCUGCAACAGCAUAAAAAUGGCACAAUUUAUCGGAAAAUGGAAAGGAGAUGGAAGCUCAUACACAAAUUAUGAUGCAUUUGCAAAAGCGUCAGGCAUCCCUGACGACUUAGUGGAGAAAUUCCGUACUGCCACCACUGAAAUGGAAUUCAAAAAGGAUGGUGAUUUUAUGCUUUGCGACGUAAAGACUAGUGCUGGUCCAGAUAAAACUUAUAGAUUUAAAUCUGGAGAGGAAGUGUCAACGACAGACCCUUGGGGAAAAGCAGUGAAGUUCACAAUUACCCGCGAGUCUGAUACAAAAAUGGUAGAGGUAAACAAAUCGGAGAUGAUGGAUUGGAAAGAAAUGAAGAUGACACGAGAAAUCCUAGGAGGAAAUAAAAUAUUAGAGACAGCAGAGUUGCCUUGUGGCACUAAAAUGACAAUGGAGUUUUCAAAAGUUUAAUGGAAAGACUUAACAUUGUGGAUGAAUACAGUUUAUAUAUAUGCUUCAAUUUCAAAAUUGUUGAUACUUUGUAAGACUAAGUGUUUAUUUUCUGCAUUUGCCUCUAGUACACCAACAUUGUAGAUUGUGUUAUGCAUUCAUAUCAAAUACAUUAGGUUCACCAAAAAACUGUUGUAAUAGGACUUAAUAGUUGAUCGCAAUACAUUGCAUUGCCAGACAACAGUCAACAUAGUUGUAAUAUAUUCAAUAGAAGAAUCAACUACUAAAAAAAGGAAAAAAAGGAUACGGAACAACAGACAUGGUUUCAACUCCUGCAGUACCAUUAACUUAUUGGCAUUUUAUCAUGUUUAUACAAUGAAAUAAAUAUCAUCUAAAUA